CCCCAACUCUUCUUUUCUGGCUGUUGAUGGGGUACUUGUGCACGGAGCCCAUAGUAUAAACUGGUCCAAGGAAGAUAAGGAAUUGAAUGACCAGAUUUCACGUCCAAGAUGCAUCACAAGGACAAAUCCUACUUUUGGCUAAGCAUCUGUGCACUGAUGAUCAUGGUCAAGACAGGUUAUUCAUUGAGCUGCAUAAAUAUGACCAACGAAAGGACCCGAUUACUGGAAGGCCUUGACUGUUUCUGUGAUGCAGGGAUGCUUGAAAUGCCAGACCAUCUACCACCAAUCAGAAUACUGAUCCUAGAUGGAGGUGGCUGCCCGCACUUUAACGCUGUCCGAUGGAUCACCACCCAACUUCAGUCCCCGGGAAUCUUGCAAUCGUUGUCUCUGCGCAACUGUAGAAUGCACAUCGGAGAGGAGGAUAUGGCUCCCCUGGCAAACCUCACAGAGCUGUCAGUCUAUUACGGGUCGGUAGAGCUUCUUUACCCAAGGGCAUUUUUAAGUCUGAAGCGCUUAAAGAGCCUGACUUUGACAAGCCUUGGCUUGACACACUUUCCCGAUGCAGUUACCGGCCACUUCAACAUUUCCACCAAUCAAACAGAUGGGUUGGAUGUGAGGUUGCCGUGCUUGCAACACCUGGACCUCUCCAGCAACCGAAUUUCAGAUAUUCCCGAUGACACCUUCAUCCACCUGCCCAACCUCGAGUAUCUGGAUUUGGCUAAAAACAGGCUGCACAGACUCGACGCUGAGCCCUUUAGAUAUCUGAGGAAACUUCAAAUCCUCAAUGUCUCUUUGAACCAAAUAUCUGAACUGCCGAACCAGGGGUUUCGUGGUGUACUUCUUAACUUACACACCCUUGUUAUGAACAACGCUGCCAUAUUCGCUCUCGGUAGUGGCAGUUUCAGAGGUCUGGCACGACUGCGAUUCCUGGACAUUUCCCUCGGUGUUAUAAACACUCUUCAUCCACUGUCCCUCCAAGGAUUAGACAGUCUUCAGGAGAUUAAUAUCCUUUUCAAUCCACUGCGGUCUGUCCCUCAGGAACUUUUACGACCUGUUAACAGCACGCUACGAAAAAUCAACCUCAGUGAAUGUAAGCUUUCCACCAUCCCCAGAGGAUUUUUUGAGGGGUUGCCACUGUUGGAAGAAGUGAAUUUGUCCAAGAAUCAAAUCGCCUCCAUUGAAAGCAUCUCAUUCAAGGACUCACCCAAACUGAAGACACUGGAUAUUGCCGAAAACUCUAUCACGGAUAUCCCUCUGAAUUUUUUUGACCUGACUACCUCAAUCGAGACCGUGCGCCUGGAAGGGAAUUCAAUUAGUGCUGUUCAUGCUCUUACAUUCUGGAACCUGAAUGAUUUGCAACACAUCUACAUGUCCAAAAAUAACCUCACUGCCUUGGAGACCCAAGCCUUCUACAAUCUUCAGUCCCUGAAGACAUUAGAUCUCAGCGGAAAUUUCUUGCAGAGAGUUCCGAAUGAUGCUCUGUAUAAUAUACCUGCCUUGCAGCAACUGAACCUGGCAGACAACUACCUGAUCAAUUUCCCACACCUGCCAUUCAUCAACAGAGAUGCUUUAAGCCCCACUUUGUAUCCCACGAAAGCAGUCACUGUUGAUAUGCAACUCAACUGGCUGUGGUGUGAUUGCUAUAUGUUUAGUCUUAUCAGCGACCAAGAAUACAUAGAUUUAUUUUGGCCUGGUGCAAAUCUCCUGGCUAAUCUGCGAUUCAAGAACUAUCAAGAGCUCAUGUGCUCAAUGCCGCCAAUCUUGAGGGGGGAAGCCCUAUACGAUCCACGGCAAAUGUCUUUGCUUAACCCCUCGCUUGCUAGCUUCAGUGGGUUUUACUGUCCCGAAUCGUGUCAGUGUUACACGCGCUGCAACGAUUCCAUGAACAUAACCAUUUGUAAUGCCAAUCUCACUAGAGUGCCGCAAAAUCUCUCCAAGGACAUAAACGUUUUGAGCUUGGCAGACAAUGGUCUGAGUGCAGUUUCCUCAGGCACUUUUGUACACAUGAAGGCGCUACUGGAAAUUGACCUCAGCGGAAACUACAUCACUACGAUAGGGGAAAUGUUUAGGGGGAUGUCGAGCCUUACCACCAUACAUCUUGGACAUAACCAUAUAGGUGCUGUAACUCGAGGAGAUUUUAAAGGCUUGACCAAUUUGACAUUUCUUGAUCUUCAGCACAAUGUCAUAUCAUUCAUAGAACCUGGUAGCUUUAGUGAUCUGGAGAAACUGCAGUUCCUUUAUCUUGACCAUAACCUGAUGCCAGGUCUACUAUCGGAGGUCCUGAAUAGCAUCCCAUCGCUACGGGAACUCAGACUCGAUAACAACCCCCUGAUCUGUGACUGCGACCUGAUGUGGCUGAAAGAGUGGCUCCAAACCAAGGAUAUGGAGAAUGUUGAGAGCAUCAACUGUACAACUCAGUCCAACGAAACAGCCGCAGUGGUGUACUUGGAUGAUUACGAAUUCAUGUGUAACUCCACUGAUGUCAAUGUCCAAGCCUGGGAUCCGCUUGCAGAAACUGUUGCAGUGUGUUUAGGGGUUCUGGUUUUUCUAAUGAGCACUGCUGCCGCAGUGUACAGAUUCCGCAGAGUCAUCCAGGUGGUCGUUUACAACCACACUGGUUUGCGCUUCAGCAACAAGAUGGACAAAGACAAGGAUAGGACGUAUCUUUAUGACGCCUUCAUAUCAUUCAGCACUGAUGACUUGGACUUUGUCACGCAGGAACUGGUGCCAAAACUGGAAAGCCACGAGCCGCCUUUCAAACUGUGCAUCCACCAACGUGACUUUGUCGUGGGUGAAUGCAUCUCCACCAACAUUGUCAACGCUGUGGAGACCAGCAGAAGGACCCUCAUUGUGCUUUCUAACAGUUUUGUGGCAAGCGAGUGGUGCUCCUUUGAGUUCCAGGCGGCCCAGCAGCAACUCCUCAAGGACCGCCAGAAUCGUUUGAUCGUCAUCCUCUUGGAAGAGGUCGACAAAAACCUACUGGACAAGGACCUGAAGUUGUACCUGUCAACAAACACUUACCUGGAACGGACUGACUCCCUGUUUUGGGAAAAGCUUUACUAUGCAAUGCCUGAUAAGAUGAGAGUGGGCCUUGACCAGGGACAGGUGGAACUGAAUUCCCUAGACAAAGAGGACAGUGUACAAACUGCACAGGAUGAGGUUGAGCUACAGGUACAUGUACAAGAGGAUUUGCGGCAACUGAUUACGUAAUCAAAGUAAUCACGAUUUUUAAUGGAUGCAUUGCUGCACUACUAUUAGGCCUUCAAUUGUAUUUUUUUGAUUGAUUUAAAUCGUUCCCGUUUGUAAUACAAUUUCAA